AUGCUAUCACGCCUGUCCAGAACCUGGAAGACUAAUCCCCGGCCCCUGUCGCAAUUUCCUAGAUUCUCCUGGGGUCAAUACCCUGUGAAACCUCUCCUCAUUGACACCUCCACCUCCGCUUCUGCCUCGUACUUGAGGUCCGUGGUUGAGGACGACGACGACGACGAAGAAGAAGGCGCCGACUUCUUCGACGCGGGUUACGAGAACCAGUUCACGAAUGGAACCCCCCUCCACAGUCGUCUCGUGAGCGAACCUUUUAUCCCACACCGAGAUCUCCGACGGAGGCCGGUCCCCUGUGCCAUCACCAAUGCCUCCUCUCGCAAACGUCCCUAUCAAACCCCCUCCCCCUUUGAUUCCAAGUCUAAUGGCUUUGGCCCACCUGUCCGUACCGCGUCCUUGGGGACACCCAACGCACAAGAUGUGCAUGCGUCAAAGAUGGCCGACCUGGAAAAUGAAUUACGAGAAAUCAGUUCCGAGCUGGCAGGGUCCAUUCGAAGGGAAAUGGACCUGGAAGACCUGGUCGAACGAUUACAAUCCGAGGGCCCAGAUGCCAACCGACGCACCAGCGACUACUUCUCGGACUCGGGUACCAGCUCUGUUCGAUAUGCCCCUGACCCGGGGCGCGCCGAAGAUGUUGAGAAGAUUCGCCGCGCCGCCGAGCAGGAACGAGCGCAAUUGAAGGUCGAGCUCUCACAAAAGUUGCAGGAUGAGCGGUCCCAGCGAUCCGCGUCCGAGGCACAUGUCCAGCUACUAGAAAAUCAAGUGCAGCAGGUACGACAGCCUCAACCCCUGAUUGAUAUGGAUACCCGCCGAAAGCUGCUUGAAGAACGACAAUCGAAAGACAACUUCGAGGAUCUGCUCACUGCCAUGCGAGUAGAGCUAGAGCAAUUACGAAAUGAACGAGACCAGCUUCGAGAAGGCCACACACCCAGUGCUGAGAUGAAUCGCUUGGUGGAAGAGAUCGAAGCUCUCAAGAUUGAAAACGCGUCUUUGGCCCAGUUGCAGGGAAGUCGAUUCGCUUCAAUUGCGGAAGAGGAUGGCAUGGCUCCCAAACGCAACUCGGCAUUUGGCCUUUCACGGUCGAAUUCCCUUGCCCGGAAACCCGGCGGUGGCGGCUUAUCUCGAUCGAACUCCGUGUCUGGCGGGAAGGGAGAGAGCCGUGAGUCGCUGGCGGACAAGGCCAAAGACAUGGAAGCCCAGCGGGAUGCGCUCCACCGGACCUUGAAGAGCCUUCUUGCUCGCCACACGGUCCAAGCUAGGGAACACGACAAGCAUGCCCGCAUCUUGGAAAUCGAGCUUGCUCGGGCUCAGCAGUCGGGCCCGCGCAAACUCGGCUACGAACGAGAGGUGCGGAACCUGCGAGAAGAGGUGAACCAUCUUCGCCUGCGCGCCGAGGAUGCCUUGGAUGGCAAGUGGCAGUGCGAAAAGAACUUGGCGGGUCUUAAGAUGGACUUGGAUCGUGCCGAACAGGAGACCAGCUCUCUCCGGGUACUUCUGCAGGAGCACGACACUCCCGUCCCCGAAGAAUUGCUGGCUGACCAGGAGAGCUUUGCUGAGGUGAUGGCUACAUCAUCUUCCCUGGAGUCCGCCUAUCAGCAGCUCCAGGCCGCCCGCGUCGAGGCUGAGGCUAGUGCCGCGUCAGACGAUCUUGCGGCAUCCCUCCAGCGAACCAACAUGCUGUCCACCAGUGUACAACAGCAGUUGCACAUCAACACCUCCCUGCGCGGCCGGUUGGCAGCCGCGGUUGAUAAGGGCGAGAGGGACCAGCAACUAUCAGUGGAGCGCAUCAAUCUGCUGCAGGGCCGACUUAAGGAGCUCGAGGACAACCUCUUGGUGGCCCAAGGACACUCGGAGGAAGAAAUGGGCAAACAUGAAGAGCAGAUCCGCCAGUUGAAGGACAGCCACAACGCUCAACUGAUGCGGAUGAAGCACGGGGCUCGUGCCCCGGCCAACCUUUCCCCCCGGACACCGAACACUCCCUUCGGUGACCGGACACCGCGUCUGGAUAAGACCACCAGUGGCGAGGGCAUGCCUCUGCCCGAGGUGGUCCAGGCCGACGCCUUGGAGAAACGGGUCAAGGAACUCGAGAAACUUCUCCGCGAUGCAGACAUGGAGAUGGAAGAAGUCAUUGGGCGGAUGAACCGCACGCAAGUGGACGUGGCGGAGCUUCAAUCCGACCGUGAUGAGGCUAUCCGCCAGACUCGCCGGCUCCAAGGUGAAAUCCAAGCCGAGCGUGAUGCGUUCAAGGCCCUCCUGGGCUAA